UCUCACUUGACGACCUCUCGUCUCUUCUCUCUCCCACGGUCGCUUCGUUCUUCGCAGGUUCCAACCUCCACCAGGAAAGUGCGAGGGAAAUACGGGAUCGGAGGCGCCCGGCCCCCGGAGGCGGAGGAGCGCGGCGCGCGCUCAGACUCCUCGCUGGACAAAAUGGACCUUGUAUCAGAAGGUUUGACAGCACAACAGCAGAAGGCAAAUAGUCGAAGACCAGUUGGUAGCUCACAGAUUUGGACACGGUACGGUGUUCUGCUUCCAAGCCAGCAGACUCGAAAGCUAAAGGAAUGGGUUCUGACUGAUCAGCAGCAACAGCUUGUUAAUGCUAGUGGUCUUGGACAUCUUGCACUUACCACUGGGUUUACCAUUGAUCGUUCUUUGCUUACAUCCUUUUGUGAGAGAUGGAACAAUGAGACAAAUACUGCACAUUUCAUGGGAUUUGAAAUGGCACCAUCACUUCGUGAUGUUUCAUACAUUCUUGGCAUUCCAGUGACUGGUCAUGUGGUGACCGCAGAGCCGAUUGGUGAUGAAGCUGUGAAUCGAAUGUGCUUGCAUUAUCUUGGAGAGAGCCCUGGAAAUGGGGAGCAAUUGUGUGGCUUAAUUAGGUUGACUUGGUUGUAUAGGAAGUUCAGUCAACUACCAGAAAAUCCGACCAUUAAUGAGAUUGCAUAUAGCACCAGAGCAUACCUUCUAUACCUGGUUGGUUCCACCUUAUUUCCUGACACAAUGAGAGGAUUUGUAUCCCCAAGAUAUCUACCCCUGUUGGCAGAUUUUAGGAAGAUCCAUGAGUAUGCUUGGGGGGCUGCAGCCCUUGCUCAUCUGUAUAGGGGAUUGUCUGUUGCAGUAACACCUAAUGCCACAACACAGUUUCUUGGCAGUGCAACUUUGCUGAUGGCUUGGAUUUAUGAGUACCUUCCUAUAACUCAACCACAACAGAAGAACCAGAGCACCUUGCUGCCCCGGGCUUGCCGGUGGAACUUUGGAGGAGCAACACGUGGACAAAGAAAAAAAGUUAUGGAGUGGAGAAAAGUUUUCGAGCAGCUUCAGUUAUCUGAGGUCAAUUGGAACCCUUACAAGGACAUGAAUCCAGCAAUUGUUCCAGAAUAUUGCAUUGCUGCAGAUAACAUCUGCUACUCACGGACUUGGCUAAUCAGCUUUAACAUAAAGGAGGUGUAUGUUCCUGACAGGUUUGCUAGGCAGUUUGGAAGGGACCAGGGUCGCCUCCACGGCGUACCAAUGUGGGCAAGAAGAACAUGGAGUAAGUGGAAAGACUGGAGGGUUGAGUAUGCUCGUGAGAUUGAGGAGUUCCAUCAAUUGGUUGGCUGCCGUUUCACCCCUUCUGCAGAAACCAAUAUCAACUCCCUACCACCAGAUGAGUCUGUAGCUGGACAGAAUGCUACUGGAUGUAGUCAGAAUACCUCUCAUGACAUUUCUUCAAUGAUUGAAGAUUUGAAGAAUGAUUUCCCAGUAAUUGAUCGGUAUCUUGAGGGACACUUGCUUCCUGCAGAGGUUGCAAGCUUCUUAGAGAAGGUGGGUACAAUGAUCAAGAACUACUCCCCACCGCAGGGCAACAGAAGGAAACAUCAAGCAGCUCAGGGCCAAACUGGCCCUGUCAGAUCGAAGAACCCAAGGAAAAGGGGGAAACCUUCACUCUUUCAGGAUCCUUCGAACCCUCAUCAGUAUCCAGGCGCGCUAGUCCCAUAUCAGGCAAGCAAGUGUGACAUGGUGUUUGAUGGCACCGUUCCUCUACUAAAUGGGGGUGAGGAGUACAAGGAACAAGAGGCCAUGGAGCCAUGGCAAACCUCCCAUUUGACAAUGACCCCGUCAUCUUCAUCUCUAGGUUCAAGCUCACCAGAAUCAAUGAAGCGGGGUCGGCAAGAUGAGGGCGAAACUCAAAUUCCAAGGGACACUGAUGACCUCCGGAGGAGUGGAAGGCUCUGCGUGCAGCUGAAAAUGUUCAAGCACAGUGAUGGAGUGGGUGCCGAGGCAGCUAAUCCAAUUUUUCUCUGAGGGAGACUACCAGCUCUUGGCCUUCUUAUUGUACAAAGUAGUGGAAAAAGAAAACUUAGUUUGUUGCCCUGCUGAGUGCUGACAGUUAGCUGGUUGUUUAGGUUUCUUGGGGUUCCUGAUAGUGUGGAUUAAUGUGGCUGUGCAUAGCACAGCACGGAGCCAUUGCCAUCUGUCUGUGCGAUUAGCAAUGAUUUCCCAUGUUUAUAUCUCAGCAUGUAGCGCCAAAGGCAGACGCCACAAAGUGCAGUCUAUCGCCUGGACGAUGACCGCCCUAGUUAAUCUGCAGCUGUACAAAUUUGGUUCCAGAUGAUGAUGAUGCUAAGCUUCAGUGCCCUUGUUUUGCAA